UCUUAUAAUUGGAAUUCGAAUACUUUUCCGUGGAACAAACCUAGCAAUGGCUGAUCUCACCGGCUACGAAAUGUCUCACUGAUUUCAUCGACAACGUCAGGCCCAUUCCAGUCCUCAACUAGUAUAUAUAUCCACGAACCCAAACGACAGACCCAACACAUGUCACUGCUUUGCACCACUAGCCAAUAGCAUAUCCCUCUUUUUGUUCUCUCUCUAGAUUUCUUAACAUUCUGUUCUCUUUCUCUCUCUUUCUCUCUCUGUCAUGGCAAAAUUACCUGCUGAGCAACAACACCCAGUCGAGGCCUUGGGAUGGGCAGCCAGAGACACAUCUGGUGUCCUCUCUCCUUUCAAAUUCUCCAGAAGGGCAACCGGAGAAAAAGACGUAACAUUCAAUGUAUUGUAUUGUGGGGUUUGUCAUUCUGACCUUCACACAAUCAAGAACGAAUGGGGCAGCACCAACUAUCCUUCUCUCCCUGGGCACGAGAUAGUGGGUGUGGUAACAGAGGUAGGUAGCAAGGUGCAGAAAUUCAAAGUUGGAGACAAAGUUGGGGUGGGAUGUUUGGUUGGGUCUUGUCACACUUGUGACAAUUGUGCUUGUAAGAUAAAUUGAUGUAUAUUAUUGAUUGAUGUAUUACAAGAUUGUUGUAUUGAUUGAUGUGUUUCUGUAUUGUAUGUGAUAAAGAGAAUGAACUCUCUUUUUAUAGAGAGAAAUCUCAGGCAUUGGAUACCACAAACCCACUAGCACCGAAAGCUAUACAAUUAAUAAGUAUAUACUAAAGCUAAAGUUAUUCAACUAACAAUGAUAUACUAAUUAACAAUUCUAAAGCUAUUCAACUAACAAUUAUAUAUUAACAAAUCAAUACAACAAUCUUGUAAUACAUCAAUCAAUAAUAUACAUCAAUUUAUCUUACAUGGUAUCAGAGCCAUAAGAUUUAGGCCUAUAUUCCUUUCUUUCCGGCGGGCAGCCGGCCGGUAACCAUGCCUUCGCUGCCCGCUGGCAUUUUUCAACACCUCCACAGAGUAUGGCUCAAUCCCAAGCUUACUUCCAUCAAACACAGAAGUCCCAAUUGCCACGGAUAGCCCACCACAAUCACCCCACCUUCUUCAACCCUUACUGUCCGACCCGGCCUCCUCUCCUUCACUUCUCUCACCCACAACGUCAUCUCCCCCUUCUCGAACCCUCAGCUUCAGUUGAAUACCUUACCUCAUGGGUCGCCUUUUGGUGGCAAUCUCCCCCAGUAUAAUACUGCAGGUCUCUCUGUCAAUGGCCGACCACAGAACCAAUGGGUCAACCAGACUCGUGUUUUUCCCGGAGAUCGUUUCAGCCUCUU